AUGGCGACGAUCAUAUUGGGAGCGCAGUGGGGUGACGAAGGCAAGGGUAAGAUUGUCGAUGUCAUUGCGAGCAGCGGGGUGCAGUUGUGUUGUCGCGCGCAAGGCGGACACAAUGCGGGUCACACAAUCGUGAAGAACGGCAAGACAUUCGACGUUCACAUCCUGCCAUCCGGCGUGCUCACCGAAGGCUGCGUCAACCUUGUCGGCACUGGAUGCGUUGUUUACGUUCCUGGAUUCUUCAAGGAGAUCGCACAGCUCGAAUUCAACGGCAUCGACACCAAGGACCGGAUACUCAUUAGCGACCGUGCUCAUGUGGAUCUCGACCUGCACACCCGGGUGGAUGGGCUUGAGGAGGUGGAGCUGGGAAAGGCCAACAUUGGCACCACGGGCAAAGGCAUUGGACCAACAUAUUCCACAAAGGCUACUCGCACUGGUAUUCGCAUGGCCGACAUCUUCAACAAGGAGAUUUUUGACGCGAAGCUCCGUCACCUUGAGGACGGCUUCCGUAAGCGCUAUGGCGACCUGUUGAGAUACGACGCGGACGAGGAGAUCAGCCGCUUCGAUGGUUACCGUGAGCAGCUGAAGCCUUACGUCGUGGAUCAGGUUCCUCUUGUGGCUUCUGCUGUGCGGGGAGGUGUCAAGAUACUCAUCGAGGGCAGUCAAGCCCUGAUGCUGGAUCUCGACAACGGCACAUACCCAUUCGUGACCUCCUCAAAUACCGGUGCUGGCGGCGUCUUCACUGGCCUUCACAUCAACCCGCGCAAAAUCGACGAGACCAUCGGUGUUGUCAAGGCCUACACUACUCGUGUGGGCUCAGGACCGUUCCCAACUGAGCAACUGAACGAGGUUGGUGCUAAGCUUCAAAAGGUGGGACGCGAGUUUGGUGUCACCACUGGACGGACCAGGCGCUGCGGAUGGCUCGAUCUCGUUGUUGUCAAGUUCUCCAACGACAUCAACUGGUACGAUGCCAUCAAUCUCACCAAGCUGGACAUCCUGGAUGACUUUGACGAGAUUGAGGUGGCCACCGAGUACUACGACAAGAGAACCGGCCAGAAGCUCCUGUCCUUCCCUGCUGACCUGAGCGUUCUGGACAACCUUGACGUUAAGUACGUCAAGCUCCCUGGCUGGAAGCAGAAUACCGUCGGUAUGAAGCGGUGGGAGGAUUUGCCUGAGAAUGCUCAAAAGUACGUUCAGUACAUCGAGGAUUUUGUCGGCGUACGGAUCAAGUACAUUGGUACUGGACCUGGCAACGAGAACAUGAUCAUCCGGUAA